AUGUCGUUGUCUGCCACUAAUGCACAGACACAUCAUAUUUCAGACAGUCGAGGAACUCAUAACGUCAACAAUGGUUAUUUAUUACCAUUGAACAUAGGGCGCGCGUAUAGUACAAGUAAUUUCCCCAAAAGAAAACAAAAACGAAGCAUGAGACGUUCGACAUCAACGACUUCGUCUGCAUUAGCGUUGCUGGCAUUUCUAUUUUUUUUGAACAUACUACAGAGAUCCUUGGAUGAGAGCAAACAAGGACCAGUGCUGAUGACGCGCAUAACAAAGCAGACAAAAAUAAGACCGCGCAAUGAUUUCAUUGAAGACAAACAGGCAACUAUUGAAACUACUACUCUUGACAAUAUUAUAGUUAAAAAAUUUGAAAACAUUUAUAAUAAGUAG